AAAAGCAGCCUCCAAGUUGAAAUGAACUCAGUUCUUGAAAAUGUUGCCGCAGCCAGUUUGGAGGAAUAACAAUGUACUUCUUCUAUUGCUCGUACUCGGAUUUGCAUGUCCGAUGUUAGCGUUGAACAUCGAUCUAGAUAAGCCCAAUGAGUGCGAUGAGGGCGCUGUCCAAUCUCAUCCAGAUGACUGUGCCCGCUAUUUGCAAUGUCUAAAUGCAGAAAUUUUAAUUCAAAAAUGUCCCAAUGACAGCUACUUUGAUCCAACAUACGAGGUGUGCGUCAUCGAUGUGAAUGGGGUCUGUGCCUCCGCAUCUGGAAAAUGUUCGGAAGACCAGAUUGAGGCGAUGCCCGGGAAUAGUUGCGGUUACUUGCGAUGCAUUAAUGGCAGCCUCGAGGAGGAGAAAUGUGAUAUUGGUAGCUACUUCAAUGCCAGUCUGAGCAUCUGCGAGAUCGAUGAGAAUGGAAUAUGUUCUACCCUUCCUGGGAAUUGUUCGGAAGGAGAGCUGCAGAAGGAUCCUGAGGACUGUGCCGGUUACCUGAAAUGUGUCAAUGGAAGCCUCAUCGAAGAAAAGUGUGCCAAUGGCAGCUUCUUUAAUUUCACUCUUAAGAUCUGUGAGAUCGAUGAGAAUGGAAUAUGUCCCAUGAAAUGCUUAGAGGGUGAACUACAGGAGGAUCCUGAGGAUUGUGCCGGCUACCUGAAGUGCAUUAAUGGAAGUCUAAUCGAGGAAAAGUGUUCCAAUGGUAGCUUCUUUAAUUCCACUCUUAAGAUUUGUGCGAUCGAUGAGAAUGGUGUCUGUACGUCACCUCCUGAAAAAUGUUUGGAAGAUGAGAUUCAGGAGAUUCCCGGGAAUAGUUGCGGUUACUUACGAUGCAUUAAUGGCAGCCUCGAAGAGGAGAAGUGCGAUAUUGGUAGCUACUUCAAUGCCAGUCUGAGCAUCUGCGAGAUCGAUGAGAAUGGAAUAUGUUCUACCCUUCCCGGGAAUUGUUCGGAAGGAGAAUUGCAGGAGAAUCCUGAGAAUUGUGCCGGUUACCUGAAGUGCAUUAAUGGAAGCCUCGUCGAGGAAAAGUGUUCCAAUGGCAGCUUCUUCAAUAUUACUCUUAAGGUCUGUCAAAUCGAUGAGAAUGGAAUAUGUCCCAUAAAAUGCUUAGAGGGUGAACUACAGGAGGAUCCUGAGGAUUGUGCCGGUUACCUGAAGUGCAUUAAUGGAAGUCUAAUCGAGGAAAAGUGUGCUAAUGGGAGCUUCUUUAAUUCCACUCUUAAGAUAUGUGCGAUCGAUGAGAAUGGUGUCUGUACGUCACCUCCUGAAAAAUGUUUGGAAGAUGAGAUUAAGGAGAUUCCCGGGAAUAGUUGCGGUUACUUACGAUGCAUUAAUGGCAGCCUCGAGGAGGAGAAGUGCGAUAUUGGUAGCUACUUCAAUGCCAGUCUGAGCAUCUGCGAGAUCGAUGAGAAUGGAAUAUGUUCUUCCCUUCCCGGGAAUUGUUCGGAAGGAGAAUUGCAGGAGAAUCCUGAGAAUUGUGCCGGUUACCUGAAGUGCAUUAAUGGAAGCCUCGUCGAGGAAAAGUGUUCCAAUGGCAGCUUCUUCAAUAUUACUCUUAAGGUCUGUCAAAUCGAUGAGAAUGGAAUAUGUCCCAUAAAAUGCUUAGAGGGUGAACUACAGGAGGAUCCUGAGGAUUGUGCCGGUUACCUGAAGUGCAUUAAUGGAAGUCUAAUCGAGGAAAAGUGUGCCAAUGGUAGCUUCUUUAAUUCCACUCUUAUUAUCUGUCAAAUCGAUGAGAAUGGAGUCUGUACUCCAGCUCCUGAAAAAUGUUUGGAAGAUGAGAUUAAGGAGAUUCCCGGAAAUAGUUGCGGCUACUUACGAUGCAUUAACGGGAGCCUUGAGGAGGAGAAGUGCGAGGUUGGUAGCUUCUUCAAUGCCAGUCUAAGCAUCUGCGAGAUCGACGAGAAUGGAAUAUGUCCAACGCUUCCUGUAUGCUUGGAGGGUCAACUGGAGGAGGAUCCUGAGGAUUGUUCUGGUUACUUGGAAUGUGUUAACGGAAGCUAUAUCGAACAGAAGUGUGCCAGUGGUAGCUUCUUCAAUUCCACACUUCAGACCUGUGAGAUUGACGACAAUGGAAUCUGUUUUCCUAUUCCUGCAAAAUGUUCAGAGGGUGAGCUUGAGGAAGAUCCCGAAAAUAAGUGUGGGUAUCUAAAGUGCCUAAAUGGAAUCCUCGUAGAAUUGAUAUGUGCCAAUGGUAGCUAUUAUAAUUCCACUUUAAAAACCUGUCUUAUCGAUGAGAAUGGAAUCUGUUCGUCGUUUGGUACCAAAUGUGCAAAUCAUGAGGUUAGACACGAUCCCGAGGACUGCUCUGGUUAUUUGCAAUGUUUUAACGGUGACCUGGUUAAGAAACUCUGCUCAUAUGGCAGCUAUUUUCACACAACUCUUCAGAGCUGCGUCGUGGACGAUUAUGGUAUAUGUACUCCAUUGUCAGAUCAAUGUGAGGAAGGUGAACGGGAGACAGACCCUGAUGACUGUGCCGCCUACAUGGAGUGCAUCGCUGGAGAUUUCAUAGCACAGAAAUGUGUUAAUGGCACUUACUUUGAUGUAGGUAUUAAAGCCUGUAUUUUGGAUGAGAAAUGUGUUUGUAUAAAGCAGGCAAGCUAAGGGAAAUACCAUUGCUUACAUAAGAAAGUUUUCCGUCUAUUAAAUAAAUAAUAAUAUGUUAAA